AUGGAAAUCUCACUAAUUAAGCAGUCAAUUCCUAUUGUCGAGAAAUUGUUACGACAAGAAGAGGAGUCGAAACGCUAUCAAACUACUCUGGAAACAAGAAUUUAUGAUGAUUCGCUUGCCUAUCAGAGACUGCAAGCGUAUUGUUCGAAGAUAGAACGGGCUAUGGCAGGAAUACAGUACCAAAAGUCGCAGGUAGACUUCUCUCUAGCUCACACUGCCGAGACCUGUCGAACAUUGGCAUACGACCUUUCUACUGAGAGAACAAAGACACGGAAUCUGGCCUCUCAACUCCAGCAAUUAUACCCUGCAAUUGAUGCUUGGGUUAAUGAUUCGCUACUCAAAUUGCCCACAACUGAGUCCGCCCAUUCGGUUGAUGUUGAGCAUUUGGUCGCUCAGAACCAGCAGCAGAAAAAUUUGAUUCAGAAACUGCAAAACGAAGCGAAAGCUCGAGAGGAUGCUAUCGAUCAGUUGAAAGAGACUUUGAAACAUACAGAGGAAGAGCUGUACGUUGCCAAUUGUUUGCAACAACUCGGAUCAAGCGAUGUGGAACCAAUGGAAGAGAUCGACAGCCCAUUCUCAGCCCAGUCCUCUGUCGAUAUAGUAACUUAA